GUUACAAUUUGUGUUUAAUCCAUAGCCUUCCAAAAAUACAUUGUGCUGUCUGAUGCCUUGUGUGUUUGUCACCAUGAGAAUGUCCUUGACAUUUGUCUAUGCAUGAAUCAUUUCCCUUAUUUAGAGAGGAUGUCAUCACAUUGACAUCAGAUGAGGAGUUGGAGGAAGUCCUGCUUGGAUCCCCCAACAGGAGUGAUCCUGAUGACAAUGUGGACAUCAAGGCGAUUCUCAACUCAUUUAGACAGGACAACUUGGAGACAGGCAGCACCUUCACUGUGAUUGCCAGGAGGAGAUAUGUCUUGAGAAGUGCCUGUGCUGCACUCUCCAAGACGUACUUUGGCUGGCACAAAGAGCCCUCAGUUGAAUUUGUCUCUGAGAUGGCAGCCGACUACGGCGGGCCUAGGAGGGAGUUUUUUAGGUUGCUGAUGCUCGAGGUCCAGAGCUCCCUGGGGAUCUUUGAGGGAAGGCCUGGAGAGCUUUUUUUUUCAUACGAUCUUCAAGCCCUGGACCAGAAUAAGUUCUAUACAGCGGGAAAACUUACGGCCUGGUCCAUUAUCCACAAUGGACCAGGCCUCCGUUGUCUCAAUAAUUCCCUGUUUGCACUCAUGUGCAACCAGGAGGUGGACCUCACAAAUUUGGACCUUGGGCUUCUCCCAAUUGAGAGUGAUGACCAGAGCAAGAUAGACCAGAUUAAGACCUGCAGCACAGAGGAGGACCUGGCGACCCUAAAACAGGUGUGUGGGGACUGGAUUGCUGGCUGUGGUGUACCAACAGUCUACACGGCCAACCUCCAGGAUCUCCCACGAGUCCUUAACCGAGUUGUGGCGCAUUUCAUUUUUCAUCGAGUCGCAAGCAUGAUCCAGCAAUUUACUGCUGGCAUGAAUUCUUGUGGCCGAUUCUGGGACCUGGUCAAGUCCUACUGGAGGCAGUUUGUUCCGGUCUUCACCCACACUGGGGAAAAACUUACCCGGCACAAACUGCUGUCGCUUUUUAUCAAAGCAAGGAGCGAGGAAGGAAGCAACAGGUGGGAGAUGGAGGAAAGCACCCUCUACCUAUUUGAGGACUGGCUGUUGGCCAUUGAAGAAAAGGGUCCUAUGUAUCCGCCACAGUGGGGAGCAUAG